AUGGAAAUCAUUGCUGAGGGUAAAAACUUUCGAUUGGUACAUGACAAUGAAUUGCCGAGCAUACUAAGUGAAUUGGAAAAGUAUUUACCGUACUCAUUAAAGUUCCAUCAAACAAUCAAGACUUAUUUAACUCAUCGAGUUUGGAAGUUUUAUUUUUAUGUUUCAAAAGUAUGGCCAGAAGAGAAUGUUCCUGUAUUUCUUCAUUUUCCUGGCUGUACAUCGACACCAAAUAAUCAUAUUUACGAGAGCUUUGGAUUCUUUUGUCCAAUUGACUCAUUAGAUUAUGUUGAUAUGCUUCAUUCUGAGGAUAUUCUUUUUGAUUGGUCAAUGCCAAUGUACCUGAAUUAUACGCAUGAACUCGUAGUUAAUCGUAUGGAAGAAUUUUUCAAAACAAUUGGUCGUAUCGAGAGGAUUCAGGGUGAAGUGUGGAUGUGCAAGGAUAGUAUCGAUAAAUUGGAAUUAGGUGAAUUGCGGUCCAAUGAAGUGGAGAUGCGUCUCUUAUGCGCUCAGGACGUGAAGGGAAUUCAUGAUCUAUAUCCAGCUAGCGAAAUUGAGAGCAUUGAGCUUUUUGAGAAGCUUUCGGAAGUUAUACCUGGUUAUGGUGUUUUUACACUCGAUGGAGAACUUGCAGCAUGGAUGAUUCAAAGUUAUUAUGGAGCUAUGUUUUCAAUGCAAACAAAACCAGAGCAUCGAAGAAAAGGAUAUGGCAUCUAUCUAGCACAAAAUCUAGCACGGCUUGUAAUUAAACGCGGUUAUAAACCAUUUGUAGUCAUACGACACGAAAAUGAUGCUUCCAGAAGUCUGUACACAAAGUUAGGAUUUGAAAAAGUAUUCGACAUGGCUAGGAUAAAGCUAUUUCCAUUUGAAAGUGUCAAAGAGGAAAAUAAAACAGUCAAUAAGGACGAAUCGAAUGGCAAUUACGUAAACGGUAGCGCAAAUUACAAACGAGUUAACAAUCAUGACGUAUGAGUUGAUUGAAAGGAUCUCAGCUUUAUGCAUUGAACAUAGUCUUAUAGUCAAAAAAAAGCAAUCUCCUCUCUAACAUAAUAAGAAGGCAAAUUAAUUAACUUUCUCCCACUUAAAGUAUUUCUGA